CUGCAUUUUCUGUAAAGUUGUUUACUGCGUAUCUGUAAUUCAUGUAUGGAGCAGUAUACAAUCAAAUCAUCAGUUACUUCGGUAAGGUCAGCGGUCUAAUUGCAAACUCUCGACCAGCCAAUCACAAGCGAGCAAGCAGAGCGUUAAGUUUUGGCUGCAGAUCAGACGAGGUUCCUAUUGGUCCAGAAUUUCAGGCUUGUUCCGUUGGGGGUCAAAGGCUACCUGUGAGGCACGCGAGUCAAUUGACUGAAAGCGUAAUCGCGGAAGACUCGUUAAAGCUGCAGUGUCCAUCACUCCGAGUUUGAGAGAAAGAGAUAAGCGAAACGGCACGGACAGAGGGCGGUGAUGGAGCAACGCAAAGCUCAGGCUCCGACUCUUUCCUUCAGCGUGGAGUCGCUUAUAGCCUGCGACAAAAGCAUCAAGGAGCGGCGGAAAAGUUCCGAGUAUCCGUUCGUACAAAGUCAGGUUUCAUCGCAUCAAAACACGGAAAAUGUCCGACAGCACUGUGUCCAAACUUCAUUCGUCAAGUCGGAGUCUCCGGAGCCUGAGGAUUUAGAGGCUGCCUGGGUAACUAACUCUGCGUAUUCACACACACGGCAGGUGAGUCCACAGUGUACACUGCGCAAGCACAAGUCCAACCGCAAACCACGCACACCCUUUACCACAGCUCAGCUACUGGCACUUGAGCGCAAAUUCCACCAAAAACAAUACCUGUCCAUUGCUGAGCGUGCUGAGUUUUCCAGCUCACUCACACUUACAGAGACUCAGGUGAAGAUCUGGUUCCAGAACCGCCGUGCCAAGGCCAAGCGACUUCAUGAGGCUGAACUCGAGAAACUUAAACUGGCUACUAAAUCUCCACUGACACCAGGUCCAUCCUUUUUUGAUGUGGCACUGCCUGUUGGGCAGCCACUCUUCAGCAACUCGUUUCCUUACCAGAGGCCCCUGGUGCCUGUUUCGCCACUCGGAGUAUAUGGAACACCGCUUGGAUAUGGCUUGUAUCACCUGGCAUGAAGGGAUGUAAUGGAAACAGCCAAAAAAAAUAAAUAAACUAAAACCAGUCUGUGAAUGCAAACACUUGAUCAAUCAGAGAUCUCAAAAGUGCCUGACCUGGAAAGAGGAGACCUUUGCCUUUAAUCCAUAACUGAUGGAUAUGAUAUCAUUACUGUAUGGGUGGAUGCAUUCAUUGCUUUGUAUUUAUAUGUGUAUGUGCAUAUGUGUGUACAGUAUGUGCUUUUUAUUCAUCUUAAUGUAUUGUAAUUCAAAUAAUUCUUUCUACAUCAAAUAUUGAUUUAGUGCUACUGUUGAUUGAUUUCUGCUGUUUAAAUAAUUGGUUUUAUUUCCAUUUGCUUCAUACCUCAACCUAAAAACAAAAUGCAGUUUAAUUGUCAAAGCUGAAGACUCAGUACUUAGAUCCUUUGUGUGGUAAAUUAAUUAAACAUCAGUUUAGUUUUCCAAGGAUUGGUAUUAGCUUUCACCACUCACUGUAUAAAAUGUAUAGUUAUUCAUUGUUACAUUACUUUACGUUACAUUCCUUUGUGGCCAUACUAUUUUUCUACUCAGUUUUGCAUAUACUGUUUUUUUCCCCCUUUGAGUACUUUGAAAAUGGUCACAUUCUACAGAUAAAACAGAUAAGUUAUUUUUUCCCCAAAAUAGAAUAAAAUUAUUACCUAUGGAUUAUUACUAUAUAGUAAAAUGUAUUUCCUUUUUCUCAUAAAUGGAAAACAACUUGCACAUAUCAUGCAGGCUUUUUGAAUCUUGGCCAUGACCAUAUAUUUUCAAGGUGAUGUGCUGCACAGUAGCAUAAAGCUUUUCCACUCAGCACUUCAUCCUGCAAAGGACAAACAAUAUGUAGAGGUGUUUUUCUCUAGGGCUGUCAAUUUGAACAUAUUAGUUGCAUUUCCAAGAUAAUAAAGCUCCAUGCCAAAAACAGUUUGUUGCCUAUAGCACACUUCCAUUUGAGUGUUUUUAGCUAUAGAUGACAUCAGGCUGUGUGUUUUUUUUUAAAAUAGUUGUUUGUUUUUUUGUUGUUUUUUUUAAAAGCAACACCGUUUUAUGCAAGCAACUUUUUUGUAGUUACAACGGUCUGUUCUUAAUUACGUCUGAAAAUGCGCUUGAUUAAGUUGAAUAUUUUGGCCCCCUCUGCUGGUCUCAUGAAGAAUAACAUCCAUUAAUCUACCACUGUGAUUUAUAACUUAUUUGUUGUUGUUGUAGUUGCUGUUGUUUUGGUAUAGGUCAAAUUAAUACAACAAUUUAGGUGUAUUUAAAGAUAUCAUUUAAAUUUAUGCAUUAAUAUAAAAACAUCCAUAUACCAGUAUCUAGGCAAUUUUGCUAAACACUGUUUAAAUACAAUUUGCUGAAUCAUAUUUGUAUAAAUUGCAUAAAUGUUUUUUUCUCUGCAAUCCUGAAAGUCCUCACUGCUUGUACUACACAUAAGCCUCCUUAUGGCAAUGUGUAAAAUAUAAUUAAGUUUAAUGCUGGGCCUCUGUGGCUCAGUUGGUAGAGUGGGUUGUCCACUAAUCAUAGGGUUGGCAGUUCGAGUCCUGACCCACAUGGCUCCACAUGCCGAAGUGUCCUUGGGCAACACACUGAACCCCAAGUUGCUCCUGCUGGGAAGUUAGUGCCUUGCAUGGCAGCUCUGCUACCAUUGCUCUGUGUGUGUGAGUGGAUGAAUGAGACACAGUGUAAAGCGCUAUGUAAGCGUGACAUUUACCAAUGAUAAGUCCCUCAUUUUUAAAGAACACAGUAUGAGGGAUUUGUGUGCAGGACUACUUAUAGUACAUCAUUAACUCUGAAGCAGCUUCUAAACAGACACCAAAUACCUCCAUGAUGUUCAGUUCAGUUAAAUUUUAUUAGUAUAGCACUUUUAAGAGUGAACAUUGUUACAAAGCAGUUUUGCAGAAAUAUAUAAAUUCCACACAUAAAAUUUAAAUUUAUAAAUUCAUCCCUAAAGAACAAGCCAGAGGCAAUGGUGGUGAGUAAAAACUAUAUUGCCAAAUUCUGAAGAAUAUCGGAAUAUUGAUGUGCAUGUAAACGUGUUCGAUGAUGACCAGUGUAUGAUCAUUUUUGAACAUGAGUUUGAAUGUGAUUAUAAAAGUGUGUGCACACUUAUGCAAUCAGGAUAUUGUAAAUUUUUUUUCCUAAAAUAUUUCUGUUUGUUUUUCACUUGAAUUUUGUUGGUUGCUGUAUCACA